AUGAAACUACAGCUAUUUAUUUUUCGAAAAAAUUUUUCGCACAUUGCCUAUGGGGAACUUCGAUUGGUCUCGAUCACUAUAUGGUGGAAAACACGUGGCGAGAGACUCAAACCAAAUAUGGUCAUCAAAUUGACAAUGAGUAAUGACCGAUACGACAAGAUACGGCAGAUGGUGGAGGACGGCGGGGAAGCGAUAGAUUCGGAAGCGAAAAAGGUCGAUAAGGGACUAAAGACACCGCAGGUGGGGGCUAUUUUGUUCAGCAGAUAUUCGUUGUGGGACCUAGAGGAUGGUCGGUGCAAAAGCUUCUCUUUUCAUUGGUGGAGAGUGAAACGAGAGAAGAGACACACUCACAACAUUCAUUCGUUUGCCGGGAAAGAGACGAGGGGGCUUUAG